AUGAAAGUUGAGAAGAAAAAUUGGCCAAACAUUGUUACAUAUAAUUGCUUGAUUGAUUGGUUAUGUAAAGCUGGUAAUGUCGAUAAAACACAUGAGCUAUUCAGUCGGAUGAAUGAGGAACAAGUAGAGCCAGAUGUGGUCACACUCAAUGCAUUGGUUAAUGGUAUGUGCAAAAUUGGAAGGGUCGAUAGUGCAGUUGAGUUUUUUAACGAGAUGAAAGGCAAAGGUCUGGAAGGAAACGCUGUUACUUAUACUGCGUUGAUAUCUGGUUUCUGUGGUGUGAACAAUAUUGUUAAAGCCGUGCAAUAUUUUGAUGAGAUGUUGAGUUCUGGAUGCUCACCAGAUACAAUUGUUUACUAUAGUUUGAUAUCUAGUUUAACCAUUGCUAGAAGGAUGGAUUUGUCACAGUUGAAACAAGUUGGGCUGGGUCUUGAUAGAACUUGCUACUAUGCUCUUUUAAGUGGAUUCCGUAAGAAGAAGAAGCUAGAACAAGUAUCUGAAAUGCUCAACAAGAUGGAAGAAAUUGAAGUUAAGCCUGAUACUGUCACUUACAAUACUUUAGUUUCUUACCUUGGCAAAGCUGGAGAUUCUGCAACCGCUACCAAGAUGAUGAAAGAGAUGAUUGAAGAGGGUUUUGAGCCAUCUGUUUUCGCAUAUGGGGCAAUUAUACAUGCAUAUUGUUUAAAGAAGAAUGUUGGUGAGGCCAUGAAGAUUUUCGAGGAAAUGUGUUCUACAUCUAUGGUUCGUCCCAACAUUGUGAUAUACACCAUUUUAAUAGAUGCUCUAUGCAAAACUAACAAUGUUGAAAAGGCUGUUUCUUUGAUGGGUGACAUGAAAUUAAAAAGUGUCCGGCCUAAUACAACUAUAUAUAAUGUUAUUCUCAAGGGGCUUUGGGAUAAGAGAAUGUUGCACAAAGCAUUUGAACUUAUGGACAGGAUGGUGGAAGAUGCUUGCAGUCCCGACCAUGUAACCAUGGAGAUUCUUACUGAAUGGCUUUCUGCUGUUGGUGAAAUAGAAAAACUGAAACUUUUUGUCGAAGGGUAUCAGGUUGCCUGA